UAUCUAUCAUUACCGUCCGAUGGUACUAGUGAGCGGUGGAGACAAAACGUCCUCUGAUUCUUCUUCGAAGAACUUGUAGACCAAGCAAAGAAAGCUCCACUUUGUUCAUUCUCUCUCUAAACUAAAAUCCAUGAAGCCGAAAAUCGAAAAAGCAAGUUUGGUUCAUUUCGCAAGCUCUAUGCUUACAUUCGCCUUCUUUAGUCGGUAGAUAGCAAUUUUUGAACUCUACUGGUAGAUUCUGCUUAUCGACUAAGUUGUUGGAAUGGCUGGAGCUAGGCUAAAAUCACUUUGCAACUCCAUUAAUCCCUCUUUAAGAACACAAUCUUUUAGAUUAUACAAUCCUAGUAUAAAUCCUCUCAAACAUGCUGCUCAUAAUCAUCUGAUGCCUUCAUAUGCUUAUUCAAACGGUAGUUUCAUUGAUAGCAAAUGGAAACUCUUGGGGUGUACUGAAAAUACUCUUAAUAGAUGUCGUGGUUCUGACUCUUCUGUUGAUACCCGAUGUUACAACAGCAAAUCGAUCUAUCAACCUUAUUCGAGAUCAUCAACUUUGUGGUUUAGAAGUGGUAGUCCAUUUGUUUCGUUAAUUCCCAUGUCCAGCAGCCGGUCAUAUUCUUCAUCUCCUUCUAGAAAAAUUGAAAAUCCCCAGAAUUCUGAAGUAUUUGCUUCUUCUGGGCCAAAUGAAGUGGAUAUUAGUAACAGUAGUUUGGGUGGAGGUGAUUGGGUUGAUAAGGUUAAGGAUGCUUGGCAGAGUGCUGUGGAUGCUGUGACUUAUACUGGACAAAAAGCUAAAGAAGUGUCUGAUGAAGUGAUACCUCAUGCUCAGCAGUUAUUGGAUUCACAUCCAUAUCUGAAAGAUGUGGUUGUUCCAAUUAGUUGUACUUUAACUGCUACUAUAUUGGCUUGGGUGGUAAUGCCUAGGCUUUUGAGGAAAUUCCACAAGUAUGCUAUGCAAAGUCCUGUUUCAAUAUUAUCUGGAAACCCACCAGGAGAGCAAGUUCCAUACGAGAAAAGUUUUUGGGGUGCUUUGGAGGACCCAGUGCGAUAUCUAGUCACGUUCUUGGCAUUUUCAGAAAUUGCUAUGAUGGUUGCUCCCACCACCAUAGCAUCACAUAUUGCAGAAGCUUGGAAGGGUGCAAUUAUUUUAUCGUUUAUAUGGUUUUUGCAUCGAUGGAAGACAAACGUUUUUGCACGUGUAUUGGUUUCUCAGCGUUUAUCUGGGAUGGAUAGGCAGAGGUUAUUGACUGUUGACAAAGUUUCCUCUAUUGGUCUUUUUGUAAUUGGAAUCAUGGCUUUAGCUGAAGCUUGUGGUGUGGCUGUGCAAUCUAUUUUGACUGUGGGUGGUAUAGGAGGAGUUGCUACUGCAUUUGCUGCCAAAGAUAUCCUUGGGAAUGUGCUAAGUGGGCUGUCUAUGCAGUUUUCACAGCCCUUUUCCCUUGGUGAUACUAUAAAAGCUGGAUCCAUAGAAGGGCAGGUGGUGGAAAUGGGAUUUACAACCACUUUGUUACUGAAUCCGGAGAAGUUUCCUGUCUUGGUUCCGAAUUCUUUAUUUUCUAGCCAGGUGAUUGUGAACAAAUCACGUGCCCAAUGGCGUGCUGUUGUCAACAAAAUUCCUUUGCAUAUUAAUGAUUUGGACAAGAUUCCUCAGAUAUCAGGCGACGUUAAGAGCAUGCUAAGGUCCAAUUCAAAAGUUUUUACAGAUAAAGAAGCCCCUUACUGUUUCCUGUCUCGUGUAGAAAGCUCUUUUGCUGAACUGACUCUUGGAUAUAAUCUCAUACAUAUGAGGAAAGAUGAAUUAUAUGCUGCGGAACAAGACAUAAUUCUGCAGUCUGUUCGGAUUAUCAAGGAGCAUGGUGCUAGAUUAGGCAGCAGUUGGCAAGAUACAAGUAUUCAGUGAUAUGACGAAGAAUGAAGUACAUCAAAGCAAGAUGCUGCUAGACUAACACUACAGCUCAUCUGUAGUGGAAUAUCAUACAGCUACAAAAAUCCGUCCAAGAGUUUUGAGAAAAUGCGGUGAUGUUGAAUUAACUUGUUGGUUAAGUGGCGACUUUUGGUUCAUUUUGAUGGAAAUUGAAAGGUGUUUACAUGAUGUAAUUUCAUACACUUUUCAGGUUGCAUUUGAUUUUUGUUUCGAUUAAAAAAUUA